AAUAAGCGUUGUCCAGUCAGUCUCGUCUUGUCCGACGAACCGGUAUAUAGUGUAUAUCUUCUGGUGUUAUUCAUAUAAAUGUUUUCGUUGUCCUUGUGUGAAUCGUGUUAAUAUGUGUAGUAUACAGAACUGGCCACGAGGAGUAAUUAUCGCCUUAACAAUUGUGUCUUGUGGUGUAACACUCAGACAAGAAGUUGGUAGCGAAUGUACAAAUGAAAACGGAGUCAAAGGGUUAUGCCAACUCAGAGAUGAUUGCGCUGAAAAUGCCGAUUUAGGAGUGACAUGUAAUUCAGGGCAGAAUAUAAUUUGUUGUUCUGGAAAUGAUUCUAAUAAUGGAAAACAUAAUUCGAACGACAACCAGAACAAAGGAGAAGAGCUGGAAUCUAGAUUUGGGUUCAGUGCAGAUUUCUUUAACGCUCCUAUUAUACAUUCUAAAAAAAUUAAUUUGCCGAACUUAAAUUAUUUUCAACCACAAGAACAACAAUUACCCAAUAACAAUGUGUUAAGACCAAAUAACAUUGAACAUUUUUUAGAAGAGAGGCCUUAUCAAAACCUAGAUCAAGGUGUAGUCACAAAACCUACUAAGAAAAAAUAUAUGACUACUAUUUAUGGUCAAAAUAUUGACGGUUCAAAUGUUGAGCAAUCAUAUAACUACGAAAGAACAACCAAAACACCUCAAAAUAACAACUACAACUAUUAUGAAAGUCAAAAUCCCUUUCAAAAUAUAAAUCAACAAAAUCAAAAUAAAUAUCCAAUUGUAUCUUCACAUACGCCAAAUCAGAACCAUAAUAGUAACAAUAACAAUUUUUAUUAUAACAAUAACAAUUAUGAAACUAAUCCAUACAAUCAACAUAAUAAUAAUAAUAACAAUUAUAAUACCCACCCCACUGUAUCUGGAAAACCUAAUUAUAACCAUAAUACUUAUAAUUACCCUUCAGGUGAAUCUUACCAAUCAAACAAGAACAAUUUCAAUAACUACCCUAGUACUACUUCGAGUCAAAAACCGAAUCAAAAUCAAAUGUACAAUAAUCGGCCAAAUAGUUUUCCUUACGAAUCAAAUCAAAACAAUAAUUAUAAUCCUAACUAUGGAACUCAAAGGCCAAAUUCAAACAUUUACGUAAACACUCUUAGCCCUUCAAAUGGUUUUAACUCUCAAAAUUCCAAUAAUCGUCCAACUUGGUCAAGCCAAAGUAAUAGACCAAUUAAUAAUAAUAAUAAUCAACAUUCAACCAGUAGUAUAUUUUUCCCCAAUAAUUCUGAUAACGAAAACAAUUAUUAUACACAAGAAACCACAACGACCAAAAGGUAUACCAAUGGAAAUUAUAACAAUCCGACAAGGCCAAAUGCAAACACUAAACGCAUCAGCGAAACUAAAUGUGAAGAAUACUCAAAAACUUUAACGACUACUAUUUCUGCAUUGCCUUUGUCAAUUGAUUCAUCGCCAAGACCUAUAUCUGUAGAAAAAUGUGAUUCAAAAGGAGUUGGAUUAAUUGUAGGCGGAACCAAAGCAGAACUGGGAGAAUUUCCUCACAUGGCUGCAAUUGGUUUUCGAACAGCAAGUGGGAAUCCUUGGAAUUGCGGAGGAACAUUAAUAAGUGAAAGAUAUGUUAUGACAGCCGCUCAUUGUACACAUAGUGCUCUAGGAAAUCCUGUACGAGUUAGAUUAGGUGAUUUAAACAUACAUAAAUCAGAUGACGGUGCUAAACCAGUAGAUUACACCAUAGAAGAAAUCAUAGUACACCCACAAUAUAUCAAGACAUCAAAAUAUAACGAUAUCGCACUCCUGCGUUUGGAUAAGAAUGUUCAGUUCAAUAAAAACAUCCGACCAGCUUGUCUUUACAACAAAAAUACGAUUAAUGCUCAUAAAGUUACGGCUACCGGAUGGGGAAGCACCGAUUUUGGUUCCACUUCAAGCGAUCACUUGUUGAAAGUGGAUUUAGACUUGAUUGAAAAUCAACGUUGCAAUAAGUUAUAUGAAGCCGAGAGUAAAACAAAUACUUUAAAUAAAGGUAUUAUAGACACUAUGAUAUGUGCUGGAGACUUAGCUGGAGGACAUGACACUUGUUUGGGCGAUUCUGGCGGACCAUUAGUGAUAAGAUCAGAGAAGAAUAUGUGCAUUUUUAACGUAGUUGGUGUUACUUCAUUUGGAAAACAAUGUGCCACUGAAAAUUCACCUGGUGUGUACACCAGAGUAUCAUCUUAUUUAUCUUGGAUUGAACAAACAGUGUGGCUCUAAAAUAUUAAGAUGAUUUAAUUAUAUGUUGGUUUAUUUUGAUUUGUACCUUUGACUAUUGUAAAUAAUUUAUUACUAUUAGAUUUAUAACAUUAUUAAAACCAUAAUUAAAAAUAAAUACUAAUGUAGCAAUAUUAUAUUAUAUAUAUAUUAAUAAUAUUUUAUAAUCCUAGUAGUUAAAGUAUGCAAAACAAUAUUGUGUCAUAAAUUAC